AUGUCUGGUGACUCCCUCAACAUUGAUGUCUACCACAAAGGUGUUUUUGCUCCUAAUCCCUUUGUUUACUUCCAUCCUCAUAAACUACCUGUUACAGGGCUAGAUGUAUGUAACAUGGAUUUCAAGGAAUGGGUAAGCGAGUUUAGGGAUGAAAAUGAUUAUGUUAGGUUCCUUGAUGGUGGGUUUGAUGAUGAUGAUAAUAAUCAAAUCAAUAUCUACAUUGAUGACUAUCUUGAACCGUUACUAGAUUGGACUGAAGAAGAGAAAGCUGAAGAAGGGGACAUUAGUACUGAUACAUAUGAAGAUGAUAUGGACUUGGUAUUGUCGAAUGAUCUAUCACUAGACCAUGAAGGUGAUGAUGUUGACAUUCAGUGGCAUGAACUUGUUGAUCCUUUUUUGUCUCAUAAAAACUGUAUUCCAGAAAUAGGAAUAGAGGAUGAAGUUGUUGAUAAGUCUAUCAAGGAUGGUUGGAUUAAAGGAUGUAGAAGGCUUAUCGGUGUUGAUGGCUGUUUUUUGAAGGAUAUUUGCAGAGGUGAGUUGUUAAAAGCCGUUGUUAAGGAUGCAAACAACCAAAUGUACCCUCUAGCAUGGGCUGUUGUGCUAGUUGAAAACAAGGAAACUUGGAUGUGGUUCGUUGAUCUUCUACUUGAGGACAUUUAG